CCGGUGGAGAGAAUUAGGGAUGCACGGACACGGUUGUGGCUGACCAAUGCAGUUUUGUAGCUGCAAAACAAGACUGGAUAUGCGCACAAAAAGUGGGGAGAAGUAAGCCCACAGGAUGGACACUGCGGAUGUAAUUCUUUCUGUGUUGGUGGUUGUGAUCAUUAUAGUGUCGUUGCUGUCCAACGUCCUGGUGCUGAUCUGCUUUUUGUACAAUCCGGAGAUCCGCAAGCAGGUCCCCGGUCUCUUCAACCUCAAUCUCACCUUUUGCAACUUGUUGCUGACGGUGUCCAACAUGCCGCUGACUUUAGUGGGACUUGUCAGUAAGGCUCAGCCGGGGGGAGACGGAUUCUGCCAGAUCGUGGGUUUCCUCGAGACCUUCCUGUCCACCAACUCGAUGCUGAGCAUGGCCGCUCUGAGCAUCGACAGGUGGAUCGCGGUAGUGUUCCCCCUGAGAUACCACUCCAAAAUGCGCCACAAAGACGCAGCCUUUGUGCUUGGGUACACGUGGGUGCACUCCAUGUCCUUUUCCACGGUAGCCACCUGCCUUUCUUGGGUUGGAUACCACCGGCUGUACGCGUCCUGCACUCUAUCCAACUCCAGGGCGAGCAGUUGGACCCAGUUCGUUAUCUUUACCGUCUUUUUUCACUCUUUCACCUUUCUUUUGUCUUUUAUAGUAUUAUGUUUCACAUACCUCAAAGUUCUUAAAGUGGCAAGGUUUCAUUGUAAGAGGAUCGACGUUAUUACAAUGCAAACGUUGGUGCUGCUAGUGGAUAUACACCCCAGUGUUCGCCAGCGUUGCCUGGAAGAGCAAAAGCGACGAAGACAGAGAGCAACAAGGAAGAUCAGUACCUUCAUCGGCACCUUCAUGCUCUGCUUUGCUCCUUAUGUGAUCACAAGGAUCGUGGAGUUAUUUCCAGCAGUGCCUAUUAACCCUCACUGGGGAAUUGUCUCCAAGUGCUUAGCUUAUAGCAAGGCAGCUUGCGACCCCUUUGUGUACUCCCUGCUGCGACACCAGUACAAGAAGACAUGCACAGACAUCAUCAACAGGCUGCUGAAGCGUAGCUCCUUGAAUGCAUCAGGGCGUGGGCCUGAGUAUCAGGGCAACAGCAUACCGACAGCAGAGUGACAGAGGGGAAGCGGACUGAUGGGAUACAGCCUGGGGGUUCGACCUGGCAGCUGCCUGGGAAACAUGAACCUGAUUUAUUGUUGAUGAAAAAGAGGACAAAUAUUGGUUGUGCUUGUUCACGUCUGCUUAUAUUUAGUCUGACAUGUCAAAAAUGGGCAAAAAAACAUAAGUCACUUUAGACAAGGGCAAAUCUCUGCACAGCAGUACCACCAUGUCUCUAUACUGAGUGCCCAGAGCAGCAGAUCAGUGCAGUGAACUUGCUGUGAGGACAAUAAACAGCAGAUUUCACAUCUACCUGAAGAGACGGAUGUGCUCACAUAGGAAGAAUGGCUGACUCAUAGCCUCAUUAUUUUAGCUAUGGUAGAUUUCAGUCUGUAUAGUUUCAUAUAUAUUGAUUUUUGCUGUAUUUUGUUUUGAUAUAUAAUUGCCUAAUCUUUUAAUAUAGUGGGAAUAUGUGCAAAGUGUUUGCAAGUGAGUAAUGGACACAUUAUUUCUUUAUGUAGCACUGAAAACUAACCAAACCAAAACUUGACAUGUUACACGACCAAUUUCCUCAGUUCUGUUUUUAGAGAAAACAUAUAGAACCUGGCACAGAUUUUUCCAGAUAAAUAGGUUAAAACACUCAGAAUUAAGCAAUUUCAUCUUAUAAUUUUAUUCUUUUUGUACAUUGUAUUGUUUUAUCCAGAGGGAAAUGGCACAGUUAUGCAUUUCUUUUAGUCCACACCAAGAUUUUUCGCUUUAUGUGUCAGUCAUUGUUAGAAUGCUGAUAAAUUUUAAAAAGCUAAUAUAAGAGUAAGAUUAUUCUUAUAGCCGAAGUUAUAGCUGCACUAGAUCAGUUGGGUUUCUUGUGCCCUCAAAACACAACCCUUAAUCAUCACAUUCUUCAGAAGUUAGCAGGUUUGCAAAAUAACUAGCUGUUAUUUACAGGCUGCAACAAUUUAUAUAGACACCCUGCUAUAUUACAAAUAUUUCCUUACUAUUGCUUGAUUGAAGUUGGUUUUGCAGGGGAGUUACAUAAAAACAACUUGAUCUUUGAAUACAUGGGUUUCUGCCUCUUCCUGUUUUUUCUUUCAUUUAAGGCAAGCAGCAUACUCCUAAAUAAAACUUCCUGGUUAAUCCCACUUAAAUAUGUCUGAAGACCUACUAGAAGAUUGUGGUGGUGUUAUUUUGCUGUGUUUAGCAUGUUCUUUAA